GUCUCCCUUUUCUGUACCGCUAGAGAUCGCAUUUGUGUUCCUCGAGUCGUCGACUUACGGUGUAAGUUUCGAGCCAACUCUUGCAAUUUGCGCUCAACACACCCUUUCGAGGAUUUCUGUCAAAUUUUCAUCAACAAAGUUACCUUUGGUUUUUAAACACCCUUUGCAUAAACAGUCGAUUUUUUUUUUUUACAAAAUACAUAUAUAUUGUGAUCUGUGCCCAUAAACAUUGUUACAAAGCGAACAUUAAUUCCCACACACGAACUCCACAACUGUCAUCAUGUCCUGGAAUCUGGGACUUCUUUACAUUGGUGCCAUUAUUUUCUGCGUCAGCAACGCGUUCACGGUCACCGUCCACCCGCUGCAGGACAAAUACUUUGAACUGUCCGUCAUCCACUUCAACGACUUUCACGCUAGGUUCGUCGAAACCAGUGCUGUGUCCGGCACUUGUCGUAAAACCGACGAUUGCAUAGCCGGUCUCGCGCGCCUGUUGACAGAAAGUCGGAAACUCAUGAGGGAACGACCAAACGCCAUUUUUCUCAACGCCGGGGAUCACUACAUGGGCACUCUAUGGUACAAUGUCCACACUUGGAACGCCACCGUUUACUUUCUCAACAAACUACCUCACGAUGCCAUAAACGUAGGGAAUCACGACUUUGACGAUGGCAUUGAGGGCCUCGUACCUUUCCUUCAGCGGUUCAACAAGCCGGUCGUUGUGACAAAUAUCGACGAUAGCGAAGAACCGACCAUUCAGGGUUACUUUAAAAACAGCACGAUUAUCACGAGAGGGAACCAGAGAAUCGGUGUCAUUGGCGUGAUUCUGCAAAGCACCAGUACAUUGGCAAAAACUGGAAAAUUGAAGUUUCUGGACGAAAUCGAGUCGGUGAAUGCCGAAGCCACGAGACUGAAGGCCAAGGGGGUCGACAUAAUCAUAGUUUUGAGCCACUGCGGCCUGGACGUGGACCGAAAAAUCGCUGCCAAUUGCCCGGAUAUCGACGUCAUCGUUGGCGGUCACAGCCACACGUUUUUGUACACUGGUACUCCACCGUUCAAUGACAAACCCGAAGACGAGUAUCCGGUUGUUGUCAAGCAGAAUCGAACUGACCGGACGGUACUGAUAGUUCAAGCGGCGGCUUUCACAAAGUAUUUGGGGAACUUGACGGUGUGGUUCGACUCGCGAGGCGAAGUCGCCGACUGGGAGGGAAAUCCAAUAUUAUUGGACAAAAAAAUCGUACAAGAUCCUGAACUUCUGGAAGAACUGAAGCCUUGGCAGGAAGCUGUGGACGCAAAGGGUUUGGUCCAAGUGGGCGUGACCGAGUCCUUCCUGAACGGGACGUACUGUCGCGCUGAGGAGUGCAAUUUGGCCAAUCUCAUAACGGAUGCGAUGGUUUAUGCGUACGUCAAUAAAUCAGAUAAUCCAAAUUAUUGGACGUACGCCGCCAUAAGUUGCACAAACGCUGGAGGAGUGAGAAACGACAUUCUUCCAGGCCCAAUUACUUAUGGUGACGUAGCUACUGUGCAGCCGUUCGACAACACGUGGGACGUAGUCGAACUGAAGGGCGAGGAUCUCCGCACUACCCUUGAAGAAUCAGUUGCGUUUAGUAAGAACCCGAAACAGUUCUGGGGAGUUCGUUUUCUGCAGUGGUCUGGAGUCAGGGUAGUUUAUAAUCUCACCAAACCUGCCUACUCUCGUAUAGUCAGUGUCAAAGUCAGAUGUCAAAAGUGUUCUCAGCCAGUUUUUGAAGUUCUGCACGAUGACGAGUGGUACAGGCUGAUACUUCCAACUUUUGUGCUGAAUCAAGGUGACAAUAUAACGACAAUAGCUAUGAAACAACGUAAUCAUCAAAUUGGUCGCCUCGACGUUCCACAAAUUAUUAAUUACAUUGAAAAAAUCUCACCCGUAGAUUAUAAAGUCGAUGGAAGGCUUACUUUGCUCGGCAAUUGUUGCGGUUGACAAACUUUGUAAAUACGAAAUAAGCUUUUUGACACUAUAAUAUCAUGCGUUUUACAAUAUUUUCAGGUUGAAGGUUUCUCUAUUAAAACAUUACUUCCUAUAGAUCUAUCAUUUACAUCAACUUAUUGCAAAACCCGUAAAUUCAAUAACAACUGGAUUUUGAAGCUCAUGUUACGUCCGAUCAUCAAAUUUUCCCAAAAUUCCAUUCACAACCCGUUUUUCUUUCCUCAACGGCUUACAUAUCACUUCAAGGUACACGCCAUCCAAGUAAUACCUAAAAUUUUCUACUCGCUUCCUUUAUCACUCACCA